AUGGGUAAACUUGUGAAACCAUAUGUGAAUACUGGUAUGAUUGACUUGAGACUCAUUGAUACGGAGACGGCAUUUCGUAUAAUAACAUUUCUAGACGAGCGACUUCUGGAAUCUCCAGAGGAGGGGGCAUAUAUAAGAAAACCUGGCGUUGAUUCCGUACACACGUGCAACUUUGAGCUCGAUGACGACGUUUACUGUUCAAACGGCAACAUUUCAAAGGAUGACGAAUACACACUCUUCACUCCAAGGUCCAGUUUUGACGCUUUGGGAGACGCAAUCACCCAGAGAGCUAUCGCACAGUUGAAAUAUGCAACUACAAAACAGUGA